AUGAACCAUUCAGGUUCUUCGGCUCCCUCGUUUACCAACUCAUCGGCAUCUUCCUCAUCGGGCCAUUCAAGCCUGCCAGGAAUUCCAUCAACAAGAGUCAGACAAUUCCGUAACGAACCAAUUAUUUCAAAUACAAGAGAAUCCUUCUCGAGCUGCACCAAGAAGCGAAUUUUAAAACAUGUGGCAGAUAAUCAAGAUAAUAUAAAUAAUUAUUUGGUGAGAGAGCACAAACUUGCGAAUGGAAAAAUUGAUCUCGAUCCUAAAAAGAGAUUUAUAUUCAACGCAGAGUUUCAUGUUUGCCUCCAUCACAAUAACAACAUUCGAGUGGCAAGAGCUGAAAAAUGCUCGACCGAAGUUCUUGGGGAAGAAGGAAGUAAAUAUGUAUUUACCAAUGCGAAUGAUGCUGCCCAAUUUUAUCAGGACAGCAUGAUGGAACGACGACUCAGAAAGGAAGAGAAAUUAAAAGAGUUCAAUAUUAAGGUCAAACAAAGAAUUCAGGAGAGAAAGAAUGAAACCAUUCUGGCCAAACAAAUCGAAGUUGAAAAAUUACAGAAAGAAAAGAUUCGAAAAAAGGAACUUCGAAAAAAGAUGGGCGAGUAUGGAAAGCAAGUGAAUGAUGUAAAUAUGAAAUACUCGCCUCAAGUUUCGGAAGAGAGUCACUCCUUAACAUCCUUGUCAUCAUCCUCAAAAACAACCACUCCAAGAUCGUGUACUCCUAGAAGUAAUACACCGAGAGGUAUGAACACACCGAGAGGAAACAAUACACCAAGAGGAAUGAACACUCCAAGACCUGAUCCUUCUAAAACCAUGGAUGAUACUGAGGAAGAUGUCGCUCAUGAUGAUGAUAUGCUUCAUAAUAGAUCAAGUAGUUCAUCAUGUCCAUCUCCACAUGAGAGUGACACAACCACCUCCUCUGAAGAAGUGGAUGAAUGCAGUGUGGAUGAGGUGUCUCAUGAAAAAACUGUGAAUGAUUUUGUAAACUUUGCAAGAUAUAAUUUGGCAAACUUGGCCACAUCAAAAUCUCAAGAAAUGUAUGGAAAAUAUGAACGAGCCAUUAGCAAAGAUGAAAAUAUGAUUGUCAUUCAAGCUCCUUCUUUCACUGUGUACCUAGAUGAGCCAACUCAACAACCUCAAUCCUCGUUACUGAAUAAGCCAAAUUAUAUUCCUCUCAAUGCAAGUUCACACUCUGAGGAAGAUAAUGAAAUUUCUUCCAUUCCUGAAACAGGUCCGGCUAAUUCCGUAGUUCUUUCCAAUCCAAGAACGACCACUACUAAAGAACAAAAGAAGAAAGAAUACAGAGAGGAAAAACGAUAUCUCAAACAGCUUAACAAGCAGUUUUUGGAAACUAUUAAGAAUAUGAAUAUUCAACUUCCAAUGCUUUGUAAUUGUGACAUUGACGUUCUAGAUGUUUGUGCUCAACACUCCAACAAUUGUUAUUACUUCCAAAAUAGAAAUGAUUAUGCUAGAGAUUUGUCUUCACUAUUCCAUUCAUACAAAAUUUAA